AUGUAUUCCAUGGAUAAUCUCGAAUUGGACAUGAUGAAUCGUCAGUAUAUGUACGAGGCUCAUAGUUUUCUUGGGAAUCCAGCUAUUCCAGCUCUACCACCUCACUGUGGAGCACCUACCACUGCCACUCUUCCUUCUAUUCCCUCCCAGUUGGCCUCGCAUCCUGCUGGGAGCACUGGGAGCACAAGUGGCAGCGAGAUUUAUCUGUACGACGAGAACAGCAGCGACAAUGAGAGUGCUUAUAGCAGUGAUCAGGAGAAUCACACCAGAGAACGAAGUCAGAGUAACAGACGUAACGGGGCGUCUGGAAAGAGUCCAAGACAGGCGGUGCAACAGAGGCAAGCGGCUAACAUGAGGGAGAGGAGACGUAUGCAGAACAUAAACGACGCAUUCGAGGGCCUUAGGGCUCACAUACCUACUCUCCCGUACGAGAAAAGGCUGUCCAAGGUCGACACGUUAAAAUUGGCGAUUGGUUACAUAAAGUUCCUAAACGAACUGGUCAGAGCUGACAAGGGUAACGAUACUCUGACUGGAAAUGGCGGACUGUCGAGGUGUUCCGGUCGCGACGACUCUAAGAAAGUUAUAAUUCGUGGUAGCGAGGGGAACCCUUUCAUAUUUCACUCUUUGUCCUGGUCCAGGAAGUCGGACAUCUCUCCAAACGGGACGAUGUACGCGAAAGUAUGGACACCGGAAGAUCCAAGGACAUCGAAAACCGGCUCAACAUUCGAGUAA